AUGGCAUAUUUCCCUGGUUUCCUUGGCUUUUUGGGCCUCUUGUUCAUCAGCAGUCUGCUACUGGGAACUUUUGCCUUAGACAGCGAAAUAGUGGAGGCUAAGACCGGUGGACUCAAUGCAACUGACCUUAAUGAAACAGUGAAAAUAAAUUUGGAAGAAAAGUGGAGCUCUAAUGGAACGAUGCAGGCGCAAACUUACAACAUUCUGCAGGCCGGCUGCCCGCUAGGAUAUGUCCUGGCCAACAAACAUUGCCAUAAGCAAGCUUAG